AUGAACCCCUGGAAAGACGAGACCCCGUCGAACGAUUGGCAGGGCUUCUGCAACGCGAUAAGCGCCUGGAUCGAGGUCAUGUUGAAGGACGAGUGUCCGGAUGCGCAGCCCACUGUCUGGUUCCAGAAGACGCAUUCGAGUGUGCUCGUUGAACUGCCACCGGAGAUCAAGGACCCUACGUUGUACAUGGGAAUGCACCGGUACUCCAAAUUCCUCAAAAAUAGGCCUUUCGACGAUCGUGCCGCCUACAUCUACCCGUACAACUCUGCUCGAGGCUCUCCAGAAGACAACAGCUGGAAAGAAGAAUUCCCAGACUACAACAAGAUCCCUCCUCGUAUCCUCGCCCUCUUUUCACAACCGUAUCCAACACCGGACCAAGCUCCUCCACCUCCUUUUGAGAUCGAAUGGGCACGACCUAUCUCUCUUGAAGUUUAUGCCCGACUGGCUGCUCGCCAGGCUGCUGCUGCCACUCCCUGCGAUACUGCAUCGCCUACGCUCGACAGAAGACAAACCAGUACCUCAUCUCCAACUCCAGGACCAUCUUCUGUGUAUAGACCACAAGAACUUAGAGACGAGUCUCAUCGUCGGAGCCCAGUCGCAAACGCCAGAGAAGAUGGGAAGGGGAAAUCAAGAGAGAUGGCAGCAGCAACUUCACGAGCGAGUGAUAUGACGGCGACCGAUCGGUUUACUGCAUACAAUCCUCCGAAUCACUACACAUCUCAGCUCAAGCAAUCCCUGAAUCCAAUACACAACGCAGCGGCAUCCGGGGGUAUGGUAAAAUUGAACAAGAUGGAUCCCUACGAAGAGGAUGAGGCCGCGGCAGAGCUGCUACGCUCUCUUUCUCCAGUCAAACCUAAGCCGGACAUAGGCGAAAUCCGUCUUAUUGCUUCUAUGUUGCCAGUCAAGCAAGAAGAUCAAACACCACUUGCGCCCGAGGAAUACAAACCGUCAGCCGAACUGCUUGAACUGCUCGCAACUCUUCAGCCCCCUGGGCCAGCACACCAGACCAAUCUUUCGCAAGUGGAAGAAGAGGACGUCAAACCGAUCAUCAAACCUGAGCCUGUGGAGGCUGAAGUGCCAGCAGAGGCGGAGUAUCACGCCUCAGAAGAGUUGCUAUCGCUCCUGGAGUCACUUCCACCUGAGAUACGAGGCAUGGCACCUGCUGAUGUAUCAGUAAAAGACGAACCAAGAGAAGUCAAAAUUGAGCCCGAAACUGUCAGGGUAAAGGAGGAAGUCAUGGAUUCUAGUCUACGUUGGAGUGCCAGGUCGACCGUUCAAUCUCAGGCUGUGUCACCAGCCACGAAGCCCGAGCUAUCACGCGAUCCUAGGAUUCGGGCGCGAGUGUUGGCAGCCGCUGCGAAUGCGAAUUCACGGCCAGAGAAGCGAGACGGUGUUCAUGUCAGGGAAACCUCUGAGAUUCAGCCAAAAAGGAUCAAGAAGGAGCACGAUUGGUAG